AGUGAUUCAAAGCUUUGCUCAACUGAUGAAUUCUUCUCCCCAGCAACAAAGUCUGAGUAUUCCUAUAUAUUACAAAGGACUUCUUAAAGAUGGAGAAUAUGGACCACUACAAUAGCUUAGACAUAGACUAUGUUCUCAGCUAUCAAGAUCUGAACUCUGCAGCUCCUGGUUCACACUUCACAUGUGAUCCCUACAUUGAAAUCAUUGAACAACCUAAGCAGCGAGGCUUCCGGUUUCGUUACGGAUGUGAAGGACCGUCUCAUGGUGGCUUACCUGGGGUUUCAAGUGAAAAGAACAGAAAAACAUAUCCGACAGUGAAGAUCCACAACUAUACAGGCCCUGUCAAAGUCGUGGUGCAGUUGGUUACCAUUGAUGAACCUCCACUUCUGCAUGUGCACAGCCUGGUAGGAAGACAAUGUAAAAAUGGAAUCUGCGUUGUCCAGAUAGAUUCUGAGGACAUGACAGCAAGCUUUCCCAACCUUGGCAUUCUUCAUGUUCCAAAGAAGGAUGUCGCAGCAAUUAUAGAAGAACAACUGAUUAAGUCAUGGAUGUCAGAUAUCAAUAAUGGGAAUAUUUCACUUUCUGAUGAAGAUGGAGUGGAAUUGCAAGAGGAACAGCUGCAAAAAGAAGACAGAGAGAGAAUUCAUCAGGAAGCCCAGAAGCAAACCAAAUACAUGGAUCUCAGCGUUGUCCGUCUAAUGUUUACACCAUACCUUUCAGGAAGUGAUGGCAAGUUCACACAUAGACUUAGCUCAGUUAUAUCGGAUCCCAUUUAUGACAGCAAAGCACCCAAUGCAUCAAGUUUGAGAAUAGUAAGAAUGGCCAAAACUGCCGGGAGUGUGGUGGGUGGGGAUGAAGUCUUUCUGCUGUGUGAUAAAGUACAAAAAGAUGAUAUUCAGGUCCGGUUCUACCAGGAGGAUGAAAGUGGUCACAUUUGGGAGGCAUUUGGAAAAUUUGGUGCUGCUGAUGUUCAUAGACAGUUUGCUAUAGUUUUCAAGACACCAAAAUAUUUUGACAUGCACAUCACCAAACCGAUCUCAGUGUUUGUCCAAUUACGAAGGCGAUCAGAUGGUGAAACCAGUGAACCCAAACCAUUUAUAUAUUACCCACACAAACAGGCCAAGAAAAAAAUUGAGAAGAAAUGGCAAAAGGUUUUCCCGGAUAAUUACAAGGACCCAGCAGAAGAUCAUGGGGGAAUAUAUGGUGAUGGUCUUGGAGAGGAAAUGACAGUCUUAAGAAGACCUGAAUUCUUCAUAUCACCCUCCUAUGCACCUAAAGAUGACGUUACUGCAGGUUUACCGUUUUCUCAAGAUAAUGAUAUAUUGUCCUAUUUUCGUACAUUUGAGCUGCCAGGUUAUGGGGAAAUAAAAAAGCCAUUGGCUGUUUGCAAUCACAUGGUAACAACCCAGGAUACCAGGAAUAAUAUGUAAAAACUGUACAAGGCUAAAAGAGAAUCAUUAUAGUAAUGGCUUACCUCAGAGUCAAACGUGGAGAUGAGACCUGUGAUAUCCCUAGGAAUGUUUCCUAUCAUGUUUUCUGAAUUGUUAAAGAAAUAUGUAUGAUUAUGUAACAAAAUAAUAUAAAUCAAUGUUAUAUAUAAAAUGAAUUAUGUAAUUAAGACCCAAGACUUACUUUACAUGAGUCACCAUUGUAAAUUGUAAUAGGUUUCUUUAAAAUCAUGAUUUAAAAAAUGUAGACAAAGCUUUUGAAGUAGCUACCUCUGAAAACUCCACUGGAAGUCUAUCACAUUGGUUACUCAUGAAAAAAAAAGCUCCUGGAAUAUGGACCCUCUUGUGCAAAUGCUGCUUCUUUACUUUUUGUGUAUUAUAAUCUAUGAAUUUUCAGUGUAGACAUGAUUCGAGGCUCAAAUGUGCAUUUUAAUUUCUAAUUAUGCAGUUGAGCACAACUUUAAGUUCCAACUUGGUAGAAUUUAUUGCAUGUUAAUUUAUGUAAAAUAUUCAAUUAACACCUUGUAUAUCAAACUUGAUUUUGAUCAGCACACAGGUGUCAUAAUUUAUUGC